AUGGGAACCAUAAGCUAUGCUCAAGUUCCUCCAACAGCAGCAACGAUAGCACUCAACGCCUACAUUUAUGGGUUUGGUGGUCACUCCUUGGUCACUCCUCAUGCUGCCCUCAAGCAACUAUGGUGGACAGAAGAUCGCAUUGACAGUAAAGUCACCAGGAAAUUCGUUGUGUCACAGAUCAAAGGAGAAGAGAGGGAUUUCUUGGACAAGCCACUCGCAUUCGGUGAAGGAUUAACAGAUGACACAUACAUGGAAUGGAUACUGGGAAGAGCAAGACGAUUGUUCCUCAUCAUGGCAGAGAUUGGCAAACCGGAGCAGAUCUUCGGCCUGAUCGAUGACUCCUUGGAUGAUGACGACCUGCCAUUUUCUCUCGAGAGCAUUGUUGAUAUGGACCUCUGCGUGGAGCCGGACGAGCGGCUGAACAGGAAAUUCUAUGCAACACAGUUCCUCUAUCUACUGCGACAACUCGGUCAAGGAGGUCACAUCGACUACGGUCCUCAGGAACACAUACCCAUGGAGUAUGUUCACAAGGUGCCACCCGCUGUAUCUCUCCAGAGCUGGGACAGAGUCCACUUCCCAAAGGACCAUGAGCAAGUCUAUGCCAGGCGAAAGUUCGCUUUCGGAACCGGCGACGAUAAAGAUGAGCUACGAGAAGCGUACUUACGAGAUACUGGCGAGGCGGGACGCCUGGUCCAUCCUCACAUUGCUCGUGUCUGGGCGUCCUACACUGCUGGCGACGCUGGCUAUGUUCUCUCUGACUUUGUGGCGGAACAUACACUGGCGUCAUUCAUUGCUCACCGGACGCCCUACCAGUUCAUGCGAGUACCUCAAGGUGAUCGACCUAUUAUCUUACUGGAGUGGAUGCAUUGUCUAGUCGAUGCGCUUGCCAUGCUACAUCAUCAAGGUCUGCAGCAUGGCGCUAUACGGCCGUCCAACAUCCUUGUGGACCACGACAAUUGUAUCGCAUUUUCCGACAUAGGUAUACUAAGAACGUUUCAGCGUGGCAAGAAAGCAGUGAAGAACGAAGUAUCGGGUUAUUCAGCUCCUGAGAUAUAUCAAGAAGAGAAAGUUCGUGGCGUGCACUUCGCCGACGCACCGAGCAGUCCAGUCGAGAUCAAACGUGGCUCUAAUGACGGUACAAUAAGUGGGGUCUCGAUUUCCUCAUCGAGUCCGUCGGAUACCUCAAAACCUGUCCUUGUUUACAGCUCAAGUCCCCCGGUGGACAGCCCGAUGAACAGCUUUAAUCCAUCAUCACCGGCCCCGAUACCCCUGUUUCGCAACUUCAGCAGGCACCUGCCUCCUCCUCCAACCUUCGCGUCAGCGAGUAUAUGGUCUUCAGCUUCUGGUAGAUCCCGACGCUUGUUUCGCAAGUCUAACAGUCCACCAGUAUCACUCACAGAUUCGUCGACAGACGAUGGUCCAAAGUUUUUCUGUCCUGAUGAUGUCGGUCUUUCACAACCCAGCCCAAUCCGAGUGGACAGACGGCCUUCGUGGGCUUCGUGGGGCACUACACCAUGUCCAACAUCCAGUACAGCCUCGGACCCAUCUACCUUGCUUUCCGAACUCUUGAAUGAGCCCCUGAGCAUCCCCAAGCCUCUCUGCAUCCGCAAGACCACAUCUCAGCGGUCUCUGAAUAGCAACAUCCAGAGAAACACACAAGCCGACACAGGUUUCGAAAGCGACGUCUUCUGUCUAGGCUGCGUGUACCUUGAUCUCGUCACCUACAUCGUCAAAGGAAAGCUCUCCGAUCUGCAAAAAUUCCGAGCACAAUCGAAAGCGCCUCUACCUACCGAUACAGCCACUUUGUACACAUGGCUUGCUCAUCUGGCAUCAGAUGCUAUCAGACUUUCGCCUACUGUACCCGUGCUAUCAGCGUUGGUACCUAUACUCGGCGUAGUCAGGGACAUGCUCCUCCCAGAUCCGAGCCACAGACCUACUGCCCUCGUAAUACGGGACCGCAUCGCCGCAGCGCUAGAACAAGCAGAUCUUCACUCGCUCUGCUGCAAAGAGCGGAGUUGGGAUCCCGAACUAGCUGUAUUGCAACGAGCUCGUCUUUCCACCAGACGGCCCCCCAAGACUUCUGAAGAUAAAUCGACGAGACCAAGCUUGGGCUCAGAGACCACAGAAGGCAGUGCGGAAGUCGGGGCAGAGCCCGUAGCUGAUAGCCAUAGUAUUAUAAUGAGGAGGAGUCUGAGCGUUGGCUCUGGCGUCAUGGAGAAGAAUGGGAAUAGUAGGAUGAAGAAGUUGGGACUGGGAUGGAUGAGGAAGCCUCAUGCCAAGGGAUUCUAG